UCACAAGACCCUCCCACUCAGUGGAUCAUGAUAACAGGAAGCUACGGAGCCGGCUUCGGCGUGAGGAUGUGGCUCCUAAAAGUCCUGCUGCUCUCCCUACUGACUGCUGUUUCUGGGGCUGCCGACUCAAAGGCUGUCACCACCUCUCUCACAACCAAAUGGACCGACACUCCUCUGCUGCUGGAGGCCAGUGAGUUCCUUGCUGAGGAGAGCCAGGACAAGUUCUGGGACUUUGUUGAGGCCAACCAAAACAUAGAAGGAGAGCAUGAUGACACAGAUCAAGCCUACUAUGAGUUGAUUUUGAAGAAAGCCAGUACUUUACUCAGCUCCAUCCAGUUAAACAUGCUGAAGUUUGCCCUUUCACUGAGAGCUUACUCCUCUACAGUACAUUCCUUUCAGCAGAUAGCGUCCACUGAGCUUCCUCCUUCAGGCUGCUCAGCUUUUAUCAGCGUCCAUGGAGAGAAGACGUGUGAUGUGGAAAGCUUGGCUACACUAUUGCAAACCGCCCCACAAAGGCCCAGGCCGUACCUUUUCAAAGGUGAUCACAGAUUCCCAGGCUCCAAUCCCGAUGCGCCUGUUGUCAUUCUCUAUGCUGAACUUGGGAAGCCAGAUUUCCAACGGUUUCACCAAGCCAUAAUAUCCACAGUCAGCGAGGGCUCGGCCACUUAUGUCCUCCGUCACUACACAGCUAAAUCAAGUGGAAAGAGAGUCUAUUUGUCGGGGUACGGAGUGGAACUGGCCAUCAAAAGCCAGGAGUACAAGGCAAAGGAUGACACACAAGUCCAAGGGGAGGAUGUGAACGCCACAGUGAUUGGAGAGAAUGACCCAGUGGACGAGGUCCAAGGAUUCCUCUUUGGCAAACUCAAGACUCUCUAUCCAGAACUGAAGGAACAGUUAAAGGAGUUGAGGAAGCAUUUAGUAGAAAGCACCAAUGAAAUGGCACCUCUAAAAGUCUGGCAGAUGCAAGAUCUGAGUUUCCAGACAGCAGCUCGCAUUCUUGCUGCUCCCGCUGUUGAUGCCCUCAAUGUAAUGAAGGACCUCAGUCAGAACUUCCCCACCAAAGCCAGGUCUAUCACCAAAACAGUGGUGACCCCUGAGGUCCGCAAGGAAAUUGGCGAGAACCAAAAGUUCUUCAAAGGAACUCUAGGGUUGCAGCCAGGGGAUUCGGCCCUGUUCAUCAACGGGCUGCACAUAGAUCUGGACACCCAAGACAUCUUCAGUGUGUUCGAGGUGCUGCGCAGUGAGGCUAGGGUGAUGGAGGGCCUGCGCUCGCUUCUCAUCGACACCCCCUACAUUCACGACAUCCUGAAGCUCAACGUCCAGCCGUCUGACUCGGACUAUGCCGUCGACAUCCGCAACCCUGCCAUCUGCUGGAUUAACAACCUGGAGACAGACCACAGGUACAGCUCGUGGCCCUACAACGUGCAGGAGCUGCUCAGACCAACUUUUCCGGGAGUCAUCAGGCAGAUCCGCAAGAACUUUCACAAUCUGGUUAUCAUUCUGGACCCGACCCAGGAGAACGCCGCUGAGCUGCUGAGCGUGGCGGAGAUGUUUUAUUCCAACAAUAUCCCCCUCAGGAUUGGGCUGGUGUUCAUCGUGUCGGAUGAGGACGACGUUGACGGCAUGCAGGAUGCAGGCGUGGCGCUUGUCCGAGCCUUUAACUACAUCACAGACGAGGUCGACGGUCAGAGUGCGUUUGAAGCGGUCAUCUCAAUGUUUAACAGGGUGCCCGUUGGUGGACGGCUGAGCGUUGCGGAUGUGGUCAAAGUUCUGGAGAAGAGGUUUCCCUACGUGGAGGUCAGCAGUGUUCUUGGGGCCGACUCCACCUAUGACAACAAGAGGAAGGAAGGGCGGGCAUACUACGAGCAGACAGGAGUGGGCCCGCUGCCUGUGGUCAUGUACAACGGCAUUCCCUACCGGCGGGAGCAGCUUGAUCCGGAUGAACUGGAAACGGUCACCAUGCAAAAAAUCCUGGAGACCACCUCCUUCUAUCAGAGAGCCGUGUAUUUGGGUGAGCUGGCCACAGAUCACGACGUGGUGGACUUCAUCAUGAAUCAGCCAAAUGUUGUCCCUCGCAUCAACCCCAGGGUGUUGUCCACCAGCAGAACCUACCUUGAUUUGUCUGAUACCAAUGAUUAUGCUCGCUUCUCCACCCUGGACUCUAAGGAGAGGAGCACCGCUGUGGCCAACAGCAUGAACUACAUGACAAAGAAAGAUGAUGUAUACAUCCGUCCUGUGACGUUCUGGGUGGUCGGAGACUUUGACACGCCCUCUGGACGCCAGCUUCUCUAUGACGCCAUCAGACACAUGAAAACCAGCAACAACGUCCGACUGGGCAUGAUCAACAACCCCUCAGCUGCCCCGGCUGCUGAGAGCAGCCGCGUGACCAGAGCAAUCUGGGCCGCCAUGCAGACGCAGUCUGCCAACAACGCCAAGAACUUCAUCACAAAGAUGGCCAAGGAGGAGACCGCCGCGGCCCUGGACAGGGGCGUGGACAUCGGGGAGUUUGCCGUCGGGGGUAUGGAUCUGUUAUUGUUCAAAAGUGCAUAUGAGAGUUCCAAAUUCGACUUCCUGCUCUCCCACGCCGCGUACUGCCGAGACGUGCUCAAACUGAAGAAAGGACAGAGAGCAGUUAUCAGCAACGGAAGAAUCAUUGGUCCACUGGAGGACGGAGAGGUGUUUAACCAGGACGACUUCCUGCUGCUGGAGAACAUCAUCCUCAAAACAUCCGGAGAGCGCAUUAAGAGCAAAGUUCAGGAUUUUGGAAUUGAGGAAGACAGGGCCAGCGACCUCGUGAUGAAGGUGGACGCCCUGCUCUCCUCUCAGCCCAAAGGAGAAGCGCGGGUGGAGUACGGCUUUGCCGAUGACCGCCACAGUGCGGUGAAAAUCCGGCCCAAGGAGGGAGAGGUCUACUUUGAUGUGAUCGCGGUGCUGGAUCCAGUGACCAGGGACGCGCAGAAGCUGGCUCCACUUCUGCUGGUGCUAAAGCAGCUGGUUAACGUCAACUUACGGGUCUUCAUGAACUGCCAGUCCAAGCUGUCAGACAUGCCUCUGAAGAGCUUCUACCGUUAUGUUUUGGAGUCGGAGAUCGUAUUUCAGACUGACAGCAGCUUCUCCCCUGGCCCCAUGGCAAGGUUUCUGGACAUGCCUCAGUCUCCGCUCUUCACCCUGAACCUCAACACCCCUGAGAGCUGGAUGGUGGAAUCUGUGCGCACCCGCUACGACCUGGACAACAUCUACCUGGAGGAGGUGGAGAAUAUUGUUGCAGCAGAGUACGAGUUGGAGCACCUUUUGUUGGAGGGCCAUUGUUUCGACGUGAGCUCAGGUCAGCCUCCGCGAGGCCUCCAGUUCACCUUAGGGACCGAGUCUGAGCCGGUCAUUGUGGACACCAUCGUCAUGGCAAACCUGGGUUACUUUCAGCUCAAAGCCAACCCCGGCGCCUGGAUGCUGAAGCUGAGGAAAGGGCGCUCCAAUGAAAUCUACAAGAUUUACAGCCACGACGGCACAGACUCCCCCGCAGACUCCGAUGACAUCAUCGUCGUGCUCAACAGUUUCAAGAGCAGAAUCAUUAAAGUCAAGGUCCAGAAGAAGCCAGACAAGUUCAACGAGGAGCUGCUGAGCGAUGGGACCGAGGAAGACGACACCGGCUUCUGGAAAUCUUUAACAAGAGGGUUCACCGGUGGAGGGAAGGCGGAGGAGCCAAAGCAGGAGAAGGACAAUGUGAUCAACAUCUUCUCGGUGGCCUCGGGGCAUCUCUACGAGAGAUUCCUCAGGAUUAUGAUGCUGUCAGUUCUGAAGAACACCAAAACUCCUGUCAAGUUCUGGUUCUUGAAGAACUACCUGUCCCCGACUUUCAAGGAGUUCAUCCCCCACAUGGCAAAGGAGUACGGAUUCCAGUAUGAGCUGGUCCAGUACAAAUGGCCCCGCUGGUUACACCAACAGACUGAGAAGCAGAGGAUCAUCUGGGGCUACAAGAUACUCUUCCUUGAUGUUCUGUUUCCCCUCGCCGUCGACAAGAUCCUGUUUGUGGACGCUGACCAGAUUGUGCGCACGGACCUGAAGGAGCUUCGUGACUUCGACCUGGAUGGAGCUCCCUACGGUUACACGCCGUUCUGCGAGAGCCGCAGGGAGAUGGACGGAUACCGCUUCUGGAAGUCCGGAUACUGGGCCAGCCACCUCGCCGGACGCAAAUACCACAUCAGCGCGCUGUAUGUGGUGGACCUGAAGAAGUUCAGGAAGAUCGCCGCAGGAGACCGUCUCAGAGGGCAGUACCAGGGGCUCAGCCAGGACCCCAACAGCCUGUCCAACCUGGACCAGGAUCUUCCUAACAACAUGAUCCACCAGGUCCCCAUCAAGUCUCUGCCUCAGGAGUGGCUGUGGUGCGAAACCUGGUGUGAUGACAGCUCCAAGAAAAGCGCCAAGACCAUAGAUCUGUGCAACAACCCCAUGACCAAAGAGCCCAAGCUGCAGGCCGCUGUGAGAAUCGUAGCCGAGUGGACGGACUACGACCAGGAGAUCAAACGCCUGCAGACCAGAGUCCAGGAGGGAUUGAACCACACGCCCAGGCAGCAAAACACAGGCGCUCACUCUGAGUUGUGAGGACCGGCCGGCCGCUGUGACCAGCCUGAGAAGUGGACUCUGUUUAAAGAGUCUUCUUCGUGGAGAGGCCUCUCGUUGGCCUCGGGGACUGCUGACAGACUGACCACGAGCCCGAGGGCCUGGUUCAAACAAUGUUGUUUUGUUUGUUUUUUUUUUCUAGGGUUUUUUUUUAUUUUCUGUACGUGUGGGUACCAGCAGUGAGAAUGUAUUUUGCAAAGAGAAUCUCAAUUUCAUUUUUUUUUUACCUCUUUCUCCCUGUGAUGGAUGACAGGCUGAUAGUUUGCACUGAUUCUCGCUGAAGCACAAGAUGAAACAGGACUUCGAUGUUUAUCUCUAACGUCUAAUUGCUUUCAUUUCCAAGGGAGAUAAAGCCCUGCGGUAUAAGGUACAGGUGCAUAGAGGAAAAGAAGCUUUACUUUCAAUUGUGAGAAUCUGGGAAAUUGAACGAAUCCCCAUAUUCUUGUAGAAGGGUUGCUGUAACCCUCGGGCACAGAGGCCUGUUUGGGUUACAGCAGAAAGUGAAAAACAGAAGGGAAGAAUUUAAAAGCACUGACCCUUUACCUGUCAGAGAAGAGCAGUCAGAGCCAAUGGCUGCAAAAGAAUUAAAAAAAAUAACUGUUUCCAUGUAAAGAAAAUCCAUGUCUUUUUGUUUCGGCCAUCUGAUAUUUUGUCAAAUAAAAUCUUACAAUCCUCC